GACCGGUGCUUUUGUGCAGGUUCCGCUGCAUGUGCUGACAUCAAGGUGCUUGGAGCAUACAUUGAACUGUUUUUAUAAUUAACAUUAUUGUGAACUGUUGUUGCUCGUACCAAACUUUUUGUUUUCAUCACAGCAUCUCGUUUGAUCGGGGAAAGCACUGAGUUGUGUCGCGUAUUAGUGAUUCCAUCGGGACGUUUAACAUUCUAAUUUUAACAGUUACCUAGCGAACCCUUCCAUUGCUGUUUAAGCAAAGUAUUAUUUUAGACGUUAGGAGUAAGAAAAUGGUCAUGGAGGCAUCCCCUUCUCCACAGAAUGUCGGUCGUGAAUUUGUCCGACAAUAUUACACCUUACUUAAUCAAGCACCUGCGCAUCUUCAUAGGUUCUAUAAUCAACAUUCUUCCUUUGUGCACGGGGGAUUAGAUUCCAAUAGAGAAUCGACUCCUGCGAUCGGGCAGAAACAGAUACACCAAAAAAUUCAACAACUAAACUUUCGUGAUUGUCAUGCCAAGAUAAGUCAGGUCGAUUCGCAGCUAACCCUUGAGAAUGGUGUUGUGGUACAGGUAUCUGGAGAGCUCUCUAAUGCUGGACAACCAAUGCGUCGUUUCACGCAAACGUUUGUGCUGGCGAUACAGGCUCCAAAAACGUACUACGUACAUAACGACAUAUUCCGUUACCAAGAUCUGAUCUUUCCCGACGAGGAGGAGACGGACGUGGGCGGUGUGGAAGGGGUUGUUGGUGAGUCUGUGGAGAGGGAGGGGGAGGAGGGUGUACGUUCCGAGGCAGAGGAAGAGGAGCACCAAAAUCGAGGGCAGCAACUUACAGCACCUGCUGCGUCGACCGAACCACAAACUCAGCCACCGCUUAUACCUGCACAACAGUCUGUACUUCAGCAACAACAAAUGUAUUAUGCUCCACCACCACAACAAUCUCACGUACAUCCUGUGAUGCAGCAAGUUCUGAACGGUUCGGUUCACGAGGAGACGCCUUUGAUCGCUCAGCAACAGCCUCAGCAACAGCAACAGCAGCAGCAACAACAGCAACCACCGCCACCGCCACCUGCCCAGCAAAAUCAAUACAUAACCGAAUCCACGUCGCAAACAGAAUUCGUCCAAGAAACAGAACUGGACGCGGCGGCAGAACCGCAACAGCCGGCUGAAAGCGAGGCUCAACCUCAGACAAACGAAACUCAACCGCCAGAGGCUGAUCCGUAUGCCCCUUCGGCGCCAGAAGCCGAACCGGAACAUCAAGUGUCGAAUACGAAUGUGACCAGUAGCGGCCCGAAAACGUACGCCAAUCUUGUGAAAUCCUUCCCCAGUACCACUGGAGCGACUAGUCCUCAAGCUCCCAAGUUAUCUAUGUCACCGCCACCGAUGACGAACUUGAGAUUAGACGACAGGUCACCGUUGCACCCGACCAGCAGUGGACCUGCGCUCUCGGCAUCGAGCAACGUUUCCGCGCCUCAGCAGCAGACUCACAGGGUUGGAAAUCAGCAGCCGCAACAACAGCAGCAUCAACAACAGCGAGCUCCACGAGGGGGAGCAGUACAACGAGAUGGCGAUCGACGUGGCACGAGACAGAGUCAGUACAGCGACGCUCAUCAACUGUUCCUUGGAAACUUGCCCCAUAACGCGUCCGAGGAUGAUCUGCGCCAGGUGUUUGAAUCAUACGGUAGGGUGGUAGAGCUGCGUAUACACAGUAAAUCGAACGACAGGUGCAAAGGGGCACAAGGGAACAACACUGGAAAAGUACCUAAUUAUGGGUUCAUCACUUUUGAAGAUCAACAAGUCGUCAACAAAGUGUUGCAGAAUCUGCCGAUUUAUUACCCCGCUGAAAAUGGACAGAAAUUAAACGUGGAGGAGAAGAAGGUCAGGCCUAGGACGUCGAUGGACGGCAGUGGUGGACGGUUGAAUUCCAACGAUGGUAACAUGAGAUCCAUGGGUGGCCAGCAACAGCAGCAACAACAACGGGGUCCUGUUGGAUACUUUCCAGGCGGUCCGGGCGGCGUUAUGAGGGGCGGGCAGCAUGGAACGAGAGGCGGACGUGGUGGAUUCUCCCGUGGCGGUGAUGGCGGAAGGGGCGGCGGUGGAAUGCGACAGCCCGGUAACCCAAGCAACCCAAGCUACCAGAAUCGUCGCUAAUAUUACAAGCAACGUUUAAGGCAUCUCCAGUUUCUUUCUUCUUGAACAAGUCAUCGGUAUAUAACUACCAUCCUCGUUUCCAGACUCAGAAAAACCCAGGACUAUCACAUAAUUACGCUUAAACAUCGCUUGCAUUGUUCUUUAAGAAACAACUGUAGAUGGUGCAGCUCAAAUUGUACGGAAAAAAAAACCACGAACUCGAAAAACGGAUGAAAUCGGGUUAUCGCAUUUAAGGUUAGGUUUACCGAGCUCUCGCGACUAACGUGAAUAUAGUCAAAUAACUCAUCGAACGUUCAACACGGAUCCGUUGGAUGUUUGAUGAACGAAAUACCCCGAAAUCAAUGUCAGGCAAUCCGCAAACAACCAACGAUGAAAAUACAGGAAAAAAAAGAAAAAAAAAAAUAUGAAAAGAAACUUACAUUCACUUACAUGUAUACAGAGCGACGCGUGAUGAUCUCGUUAGAAAUGCAAGCGCGUUUCCUCUCCCAACGCAUAGCCCACGUUUCUUCAAGAAGCAGAAAUUGUGAUAAAGUGAAAAAACUGGAACUAACGAAAAAGGACAAGUAACUCGUACGCUGCAACGUGCGAAUAUAAACAAUGGGACAAUGUUUGAAACAGAAGCGCUCGCACACACACACACACACUCACACGUCGAUUCAGAGAGACACCCUGAAAAAUCAUACGUCGCUCUUUAAUUAUUUCUUUUCUCCUCCCCCCGUUCACCGAUCGCAGUAAGGAGACACGAGCGGUGCAAAUUCCGCUGUCGUUAUAAAAUAAGUCACGAGCCAAACUAAGAAAAAUAAAAAAUAAAAAAAAAGAACGAAAUUAAAGCGAGAGGAUACGGAACCGUUGUUUUCUCAACUUUAUGGAGUACCGUCGUAUAACAAUUUCAUAUGCUCUCGAGUUAAUCUUCACUGACUGCCGAUGAAAACGUUCCACCUACGCGUAGAAAGUCGGCAAUAAUGUUUUUAGGUGGUAGUUGGUCGAUGUCGGUUAAGGAGUAAAAAAGCUGUGGCUGUUCUCUGGUCGCGUAUACAAAAAAAAAAAGACAGCCGAUUUUUUUUUCUCUCACAAUUGGCCAAUUAUCAAUCGACCGGUAUCGAUUGAUAAUGGGACAAGGAAUCUUAGACUGCAGCUGGUCUCGCCGUUUUCCUAAUUCAUUUGCGCGUGUCGCUUAUGCCCUAUUUUUGUUUCAAUCUGCUGAUCUUUUUUUUUUUUUCUUCCUUUUCUGUUUAAUUUUCUUUUCUUCGUGCAAUUUGGCUCUCGCUUAAUUCCUCUUUUAUAUUCUUUAUUCAUCCCUUAUAAUUUGCUCCGUCUUCUCUAACGUUCUAUUCGAAAUUCCAAUUUAAAUAAGGUCUUAGUAUCACAGAACUCGUUGACACUGUAAUUGUCUUUCCACAAACGAUUUAUAGCGAGUAUUAACUGGUGUUUACUCUUGUGACUAUUGUGCAUACAUAAAUACAAGGUACGAUAAGUGUUUGUAUGAAGAUAUUAAACUUAAUUCCUCGUCGAUAA